AUGAGUUCAGAAAUAGAUAAAAAUAACUAUAUAAAAAAUGAAAGAAAACAAAAUAGAUACCCAGUUUACAACUCAAUCGUCAAGUAUUUUCAAGAUGCCUACACAAAGACACCAAACAAAAAAGCUUUGAGAAUCAGAAGAAAUGGAAUUUUAGAUGAAUGGACAUAUAUCCAAUAUAAAGAAGAUGUUUUUAAAGUUGCAAAGUCAAUCUUGAAAAUGGGUUUGGGACAAGGGAGCUCAGUUAAUAUCAACUGCUAUAACAGUCCAGAAUGGACAAUUACAUUUUUGGCAUGUGUUCACAUAAAAACCCCACCAUGCGGUGUAUAUACCACUUUAUCUCCAUCACAAUGCCAGUAUCUAUUCAACACCUCUUUGGCAGAAAUGGUAUUCGUAGAAGACGAAGAAAAGCUAAAGAAAUAUAUUGAAAUAAAGGACGACAUUCCAAAAUGUAAAGCAAUUGUAAUUAUGGAGCCUUCUUCAGAUGAAGUUGACUAUUCAGCGCUACCUUUUAAAGUUUAUAAUUGGAAAGAGUUUUUGGAACUUGGUAGUGACAUUCCAGAUAGUGAAGUAAAUGAUAUUUCUUCAACCAUUUCAGAUCAAGAUAUUGCCACCAUUGUAUUCUCCAGCGGAACAACAUCAAAUCCAAAAGCAUGUUUAUUAACUCACAGGAACUGUAUAUGUGCAGGCCUUUCAGAAAUCAAUACAUUCUUCCCAGAGCCAAACACAGAAAAUAAAACAAGUAUAAGCUACCUAUCUUUAUCUCACAUUGCCGACCUUCUAUCAUCUAUUAUACUCCCAUUAUUCAUUAGUGCUCAGAUUAUAUUUGGUGAUAAAAAUGCUUUAAAAGGUUCGUUGUUGGAAACAAUUAAAGAAACUAGACCAACUUGUUUCUUUGGUGUACCAAGAAUUUGGGAGAAAAUGCAAGCUAAAAUCCAAUCUGAAAUUAACCAAUUAACAGGUUUUAAAAAAUUUUUAAUUGGACAAGCAAUGAAGAUUGGUCUAUCCAAUGGUGAAGCUAUUAGAAGUGGGAACUUGUAUCCAUCAUAUACAUAUAGUUUAGUCAAUAGAUUAGUAUUUAAGAAACUAUUAAAAACCAUUGGUUUAGAUAACUGCACUCUUUAUUUAUCUGGUGCAGCACCCCUUUCAAAGAAAACAAUCGAUUUUUUCCAAUCCAUCGGUAUUUGUAUUGGAAAUUGUUAUGGUUUAACAGAAACUACUGGAGCAGUUACAACAGAAUCUCCAGAGGGUAGAUAUGGAAGUAUUGGGAAACUUAUUGUUGAAGGUGAGGCUAAGGUUGCAAGCGAUGGAGAACUUUUAUUUAGAGGUGAUUUUAUAUUUAAAGGUUAUUUAGGCAAUCAAGAUGCAACCAAUGAAGCAAUUGACUCUGAAGGAUGGUUCCAUACUGGAGAUAUUGGUAGAAUAGAUAAUGAAGGUUUCCUUUAUGUCACCGAUAGAAAAAAAGAUAUUAUUAUCACUGCUGGCGGUGAAAAUAUUGCACCAUCAUUGAUUGAAGGUCAUCUCAAUUUAAUACCAGGUGUUGACCAAGGUGUUGUCUAUGGUGAUAAACAAAAGUUCCUUGUGUGUCUAAUUACAAUAAAUUUAGAAUUUUUAAGAUUUUUAAAGAGCAAGAACAGCUAUCCAUACAAGGUACCAGAAUCUUUAGAAGAGGCUUCAACAGAUUUAGAUCUCAAUAAAUAUAUUCAAGAACAAAUAUCAGAAAUUAAUAAAGGUUUAGCUAGGGUACAAACAAUCAAAAACUUCAAAAUUUUACCAAAUGGAUUUAAAGAGGGUAGUGCAGAUUCAGAACUAACCCCAACAAAGAAAUUAAGAAGAAAAAUAGUUUAUAAAAUCUAUGACAAUUAUAUAAAAGAACUUUAUGGUGAUUUUUAUUUUGAUUAA